AGCACUGUUGAGGAUAAUUGUAAGUACUACAGUCAAUUCAUUUCCAGCUGACUUUUGUAAAAGCAAAUUUUGUAGAGAUCUAAAUGUUAUUAAAAAACUGCAUAUAGCAUAGUAAGAAAUUGACAAGUUCAAGAAAUUGAAAUCAGGAUAAUUUGAGGUGAAACUCAUAUAUUCUGGAAGUUCAGGACAGUACUCUGAGUUAUUAGAAACCAUGUCACUAAGAAGGAAUAGUAGUGGAGGAACACCAGGUGCAUCACGGGUCAGACAGGCUUUUAAGAGUCCUUUCAGAGUGGCUGGGUCCACAGACCCAAAUGCAAAUAACACUUCACCUAAUAAGAAAGAUUCUGAGGAAAUCAGCAGUGUAAAUAAAGAGACAAAUAUUUUUACUAUAGGUUGCAGUGAUAGAGUGGUGGCAGAUAGAAUGAACCAAACACCACCUCAGUUACAGUCAAAGCUAAUCAUUGCAAAUAGCUUAACUCCCAAGAGAAUUACAAUAGGCAGGUCACCAUCUCUUUUAAGUUCUUGCCGCAGAAGAGUAGCACAGCAUUUUAGUGUUCCUUUCCGGACUCCAAGCAAGAACACACUUUCUCAGAAUUUGUUACCUCCAGAAAAUCAGUUGGCCCAGCUUUGUGAAAAAGAAAGUGAGUUGGAUGAAGAAAUAGCUUCUUUGAAAAAUUGCGGUUAUAAGAUUGAAGAACUUCAGUGUCAUAUAGAAAAUCUUCAUCAAUAUAAUGAGAUAAAAGAUGCAGCACAGCUUGUUAUGGGCAGACUGGCAGAACUGGAAGGGGUAACAACAAAAGAAAUACAUGAAAGGUAUGGUGUUCUACUAUGGAUAGGAAGGACUGGUUUAUAG